AUAGUGGCAUCACGUGAGUGUUUCGUUACGUUUCGCAUCGAUCGUUAACAAUCGGAAUAGAAAUAUAUAUAUAUAAAUCUAGGCUUAUGUACAGUGGAAUCACCGGAUGCAGGUCAUGCUGGCAGGCAUGCAGAGUAACUCUCGGGAUUAGAAGUAGUUAGGUUCUUUGGAAUAAGGUUAGCAAGAAAAAUAGUCCUGUAGGCAUGCGGCUCAAGCUGUGUGAGGGUGUUGGUGUUCCCUUCAUGUUUUGAUGUUUUUGGUCUAAAGGUGUUUGGUAAUCCUAUUUUUCAGGGCACAAGUGUUAUGAUCUAUUACGAUGAUGUUUUUUAAGUUAACCUAAUCCUAAUGAUCAGCUGCCUUAGGUGAACUUCAUGUAAGCAAACGUAAACCCAGUAAGUGUAAGUUUAAAAGUCACAUUCGCCUUGAUUUAUUUCGGGUGAAAACUAAAAAAAAAAACGGGUGAAAGAGAUAUUGCCGAGAAUAGAGUAUCCAGCUCAAUGGUUGCUGCCGCAGAACCAAACUCAUAUUGGUCUAAAUGUGCUCUAAAUGCGCCUAAGCAAUCUCCAUUGGAUCGGUGAGUUGGAAUGUUGUUGGAAAAACCAAUAGUUACUGAACCUUAUGGUGUUGCUGUAGUUCAACUGUGUAUUAUUAUCUGCGCAAUCGGCAUACAAGGUCAUCCAAGCGGUAUGAAAAAUCGCAAAAGGAUCGAGUCCUUCCGGGGUGGCAAUUACGAGGGGAAUACGUGCUUUAAUACUGUUGUAGGGCGGAGAAUCGAGAGGUCUAGUUCUGAGGGACAGCUGGAACCUGAGCCAAUUGCUUCUGGCACGGGCAUUCCGGCUUCGGAUCAAGAUGUGAUGAACACCUGCCAAAUGGUUCCCAAUCCUGGUACUCAGAUUCUAGCUCCAGCUGCCGCAGGACCGUCUAUUUCCGACCUUUACCAACCCAACUGGCAGCAGAUGCACCCUCAGCAGAUGGAUCUACAGGCGCAGCAGCAGACGUGUGCUUUAGACACGAUCAGUCAGGGAACACCAAAUGCAUAUUCCGAGCAGGAUGAAACUGAACAGAGGCGACAGGAUCUGCGAAAUCUUGUCCAGCAUUUGUAUGUAGCGCAGGCGAGGGUCCAACUAGAGGCCACCGAGAUUCGAAAGGCGCAGUCGGUGGCCUCCUCAGCGCAGGCCCAGCUGGAGGAGUCGGCCAACCAUGUGCGUAGCAUCACCGCCUCCUUGCACACCGCCCAGCAGGAAGUAGCCGCAUCGGCGAUUCGAGCUCAGAUCGCCCAGCUCCAGCUGGCGGCCCAUGAUCAGCUUUUGUUCGCCGCUCGCCAGGAUGUGGAUGCCCUCUCCUCGCAAAUGGUGGGUCUUCAGGCAGCGGAGGGCAUUGUCCAGCCGAAACUCACAGUGGAUCUUCAUGCACUUCUGGACAAGCUGAAGCAGCCUCUACAGCAGUAUGAUCGCCCCACAGCCGUUCCUUCAAUUGCUUCCAGUCUCCCGGAAUCGGUUAGUAAACAGCAACAGUUGCUUAUGCAACAACAACAACAGCUGGGGCAACAGUUAGGGCAACAGUUGGGACAACAAUUGGGACAAGGUCAAAGCCAAGGACAGCUCCCAUCUCAGGGUCCGGGUCCUAUCAACCCUACGAAUGGAGCAGGUCCCACCGAUUUAAUCAGCCCGCCAAGGGUGAACCGCUAUGCCAACUUGGAUUACACUUAGCUUCAACGAUGUAUUUACAUCUGAAUACUUGUGCUUAUGAAUUAUGUUUUCUAUAUUUUGUAAAAGUUAUCUUUCAGCAUUAUCUCUUUCCAAAAAUUAUAUAUUUGUUUUAAAAAAGAA